UAUUUAAACAUUCAAUACAUUCAAUAAAUUGGUUGGUGAUUGCUGAAUCAUCAUGUUCAUCAGGAAUUUGUUUGGUUCGAAAAUUCGAACAAUCACCAAACAACAGCAACGACAAAACCAAAAAUACAUCGAUACAAUUUCUUUUCUUCUUUCUUUUUUUUUGUCACACACGAUAAUAACAUAUUCCAAAAUCUAUUGAUUGAUUGAUUGAUUGAUCGAUUGAAAAAAAUGCCAAUGAACUGAUAGUAGUGAUUUUAUAAUUAGUUUUUGUUUUAUUUUUUUUCGUUUUGGAUUUUUUCGUUUUUCGUUUUGGUUUUUUUUCGUUGUUGUUCUUCAACCUAAUUGAUUUUUUUGGUUUCUGAUUAUAUUCAUCCAACACGAAAGAAAACAACAAAAUGGCUCGUAGUAAUCCAAGAAUAAUAUUCUUAUAUCUAUUAUUUCCGGCCAUAUCAAUAAUAUUCAUUUAUUCAUUUAUAUUUGCAAAAUUUUCAACAUUUACUCAACCAUAUAUCAGCAAUGAUCAUCAUCAACAAACUGUGAUAAAAAAAUCCUCUUUACCUUAUUAUAAUAUAUUGAAAAUGAAUGAAGAAUUUACUAAACUUUUUAAUCAAUCAUCAUCAACAACAACAAAUAAUAAUGAAAUCUGGAGCAAAACAUUAGAACAACGUUUUAUUCAUCAACAUUCACGAUUUCCAUUGAAGGUAAUCAUUGUGCCAAAUUCACAUAAUGAUCCAGGAUGGUUAAAUACAUAUGAUCAAUAUUUUUAUCAUUAUACAUAUUAUGUGUUGGAAAAUCUGGUCAAAAAUCUAAAUAAAUAUCCAAACAUGACAUUUGUAUGGGCAGAAAUGUCUUUCUUUUCACGUUGGUGGGAUGGAUUACCAUCGAAUAAAGUGAAAGAAAAUAUUAAAAAAUUAUUGAAUGAAAAUAGAUUGGAAUUAGUUACUGGUGGUUGGGUGAUGAAUGAUGAAGCUUCUACACAUUAUUUCGAUAUGAUUGAUCAAUUGAUUGAAGGUCAUCAAUUUAUUCGUACUGAAUUAAAAAUUAACACUCCAUUACGUAAUUCUUGGUCAAUCGAUCCGUUUGGUCAUUCAACUACAUUUCCGUAUUUAUUACAAAAAUCUGGCCUUUCUAAUAUCUACAUUCAACGAACACAUCAUGUUUGGAAAAAAUAUCUAUCCGAAAAACGAAAAUUAGAUUUUUUCUGGAAACAAUCAUUUCAAAAUCCUUCUGAUCGUCUACCAUUAUGUCAUAUGUCACCAUUACAUUUAUAUAGUUUUAAAUAUGCAUGCGGUCCUGAUUAUAAAGUUUGUUUAGAAUUUGAUUUUCGUAAAAUUUAUGGUGAAAAUUCAGAAUCUACAGCCACCUUUUUGAAUGCAACUAAUAUAGAUAACAAAGCUAAAAAAAUAAUUAAACAAUAUUCAAAACUGGGAUCAUUAUUCACACAUAAUGUAGCACUAGUAUUACUUGGUGAUGAUUUUCGUUAUAAUUUCGAUAUUGAAUGGCAACAACAAUAUAAAAAUUAUAUGCUACUUAUGGACUAUAUUAAUUCGAAUGGAAACAAAUUUAAUGAUACGGAAAUAACAUUCGGUACUGUUGAUGAUUAUUUUGUUGCUGUCAACGAACGAUUGCCAAUAAACAAAAACAAUUAUCCAAUAUUGGAAGGUGAUUUUAUGCCAUAUGCCGAUGUUUAUGUGGAUUCAGUAUCCAGUUAUUGGACGGGUUAUUUUACUACACGUCCGUAUUUUAAAUCAUUAAGUAGAGAACUACAACAUUGGUUACGGUCGACUGAAAUUUUCUAUAGUCUUACAAGAAAUUUUUUACGUCAACAUUUGAAAAACAAUUAUUUAAAUGUUUUGCUUGAUCGAGAAUAUAAUAAUAUUACUAAUGCUAGACAAAAUUUAGCUCUUUUUCAACAUCAUGAUGGUAUUACAGGUACUUCAAAAGAUUUUGUUAUGGAAGAUUAUGGUCGACGUUUAAGUCAUUCAAUUAAUAGUACAAUGAUAACUUUGGCCAAAAUUAUUCAAUAUUUAAAUUUAGAUAACGAUUUAAUUAACAAUGUUAAUAAUACUAAACAAUUUAUUUUCACUACAUCAUAUCGAUCGAAUUGGCAUACAAUUACCAAACAACAUGUACUUCAAAUUCCUUCCGAUCAAGAUGGAUUACGAUUAUUGGUACUAAAUUCACAUACACAAUUACGAAUCGAAUCAAUCAAAAUAUUUACUAAUGAUCCAUUCAUAAAGAUUAUUGAUAUUGAACAUGGAAAGAAAAUUCCAUUUCAAAUCAAUCCAAUAUUUAUAAAUGGUUCAAAAUUUUCAUCAAGAAUUUUUGAAAUUGAAUUUUUUGAUCAAUUAUAUCCAUUAUCGAUAAAAAAUUAUAAAAUAUUAACAAAUGAAGAAAAUCUUGAUUCAAAAGUUACUAUUUUUAAACAUCCUUCGGAACGAAUUAAUCAUUCAAAUGAUCAAGUAUUUCGAUUUGAAACAAUGAAAAAAUUUCAAUUAGAAAAUGAUUAUCUUAUUGUUACAUUAAAUUCAAGAGGAUUUAUUGAAAAAAUACAUUUUAAAAAUGAUAAUUUAACAGAAUAUUUUGAUAUGUCAUUUGUUGCUUAUAAUUCUGAACCAAAAAGAAGUGGUGCUUAUUUAUUGAAAUUUAUUCAUCAAAAUCCUUAUCCGAAUCUAUUUUUUUCACAAACACCAUUUAUCAAUCUAUUUAAAGGACAUUUAAGUUCGACUAUAAUAGUCAAUUAUACUGAUAUUGCAUAUUCGAUUAAAUUGUACAAUAUUAAAUCUGAUAUUGGUGCUGCUAUCGAAUUAAAAUUAUUGAUUGAUUUAGAAGAUAAAGAUAAUUAUGAUAAUCAAGAAAUUGCCAUUCGUUUUCGUACUCAUAUUAAUAAUGUUAAUCCAGACAAUGGAAAAAACAAAACCUUGUAUAGUCGUCAAUUUUAUGUUGAUUCUAAUGGUUUUCAAAUGCUUGAAAGACGUUUUAUUGAUUCAAUCAAUAUUGAAGGAAAUUAUUAUCCAAUGACUUCAGCCGUAUUUAUUGAAGAUAAAAUACGACGAUUUUCUGUAUUAUCAUCACAUUCACAUGGUGUAACUUCUCCACAAAAUGGAAUGAUUGAAAUAAUGCUUGAUCGUCGUAUUGUAAAUGAUGAUAAACGUGGUCUUAGUGAAGGCAUUAUGGAUAAUAUUCCCGUACAAUCAACUUUUUGGUUAGUUUUUGAACAUAAUCAUCAUCAAUCAUCAUCAUCAUCAUCAGAUGAUAAAAUAUUACCACCAAUUUUAUCUCAAUUAGCUGAUUCAUUAUUGUUAUAUUUAAAUUAUCCAUCAAUCAUAAUGUAUUCAUAUCGUAACGAACAAGAGAUGACUAAAAGUUUGACAAAAAAUUAUUAUCGAAAUCGUUAUUUGAUUGCACCGAAUGUUUUAUGUAGAUAUUUUCUUCUAAAUUUACGUACAUUACCAGCUAAUAAUAAUUUUAAUCAUCCAUCACAAUCAAGUUUAAUGAUACUACAUAAUAGAGUUGUAUUACAAUCAACAAUCGAAUCAUCAUCGUCAGAUGAUUAUUUUCCCAGUGGUAUUUGUUAUGAUUAUAAUCAUAAUCAUAAUGAUAAUAAUAAUAAUUUUGAUGAUGAUUCACCACCAUUAGUUGGAUCAUCUGAAUCAGAAACUGAAACUGAAUCUGAAUCGGUAAAUGUAUUGCCAAAAAAAUCAUCAUUAACACAUCUUUUCAAUGAUUUACGUAUAUCAACAAUACAGAAAACAUUAUUAACCGGAAUAAAAUGUUCAAAUCAAAUAUUAAACACAAUUUUAGAAAUUAAUGUACAACCAUUUCAAUUAGAAUCAUAUAAUGUAACAUUUUAUUGAUAAAAACAAAACAAAACAAAACAAACUGCCUUAUAUUUCACAUGUGAUAAUAAUAAUAAUAAUAAAAAUAAUAAUUUUUAAAAUGAUAAUCAUGU